AUGGAGAAAGAGAAUAAAAUGCCCGGUUCUUUUCCGGGCCAAGAAACUCCUAGUAAGUUCAAGACUUUACCUGCUCAUCAGUUUUGUUAUGUGAGGGAGAUUACUAAUAAAAAAGAGGCGGGAGCAGAUUUAGCCUUCAAAGAAUUAUUAAACCAGAUAAAUGACCCUAACAAGGAACUAAUUUUUAUUCCAGUAAACAAUCCUAAUUUCCAUUGGAGCUUGUUGGUUUAUGAAACUAAAAGUAAAGGCUUUUAUCAUUGGGAUACUCUGAGAGGGGCUAAUUGGAGGUAUGUUAAAGAUUCGGUGUAUAAGUUAUUGGGGGAAUUACAAGUGCCUAGACAUGAGUGGGAUAAGCACUUUAUAGCCAAACAUAAAAUAAAGCAAAAUAAUGGAUGGGAGUGUGGACUUUGUGUAGUGGGGAUUAUGAAGAGGGUGAGGGAGAAAUAUAGUGGGAGUAUGGAAAAUAUUGAGUUAGGAGAGUUUAGCUUUGAGAAGGAACGGGAGGAGUUGAAAGAGAAAUAUUUAAAAGAGAAUGGUUAA